CCAAAAGCAGAAAUGCACAUUAACUGUGUGAGGGACUCAGUGCUCAGACGGUACGUCCGCGUCAGCCUCUGCCGGUGAACUCAAAAUCUCAAAUGGAAUGCUUCGACUCCAAAUGCUCGGCGAUAUCUCCUAUUUAAUUCCCGGUCCUCUUUCGGAAUCUGUAAGCUAUGCGAUUUUUCCUCUGGAAGUUGGAAUUUAUGCUUUUCAUGAUUUAGCGUGCACGACCUCCAGCUCUGUGUUGAUCGGUUUCUGAAACUUCUUUUCCUCUAUUAGCCUUUGGAAUCUGAUAUUUUUGUUAGCUUUUGAUUUCUGAGAUUGGCGAAAGCCACAAAUAGAGAUCGCUUUACCGUUUCGGGAGUUGAGUUUGUUUGACUAGCUUAUUUAGGUAUUUCUUUCUAUUUCCGUUUUAGUCGGCUCCGAUAGAAGAGAAUAAAUAGUGGUUUGCGGCGGUUAUGUUUUGAUUUUUUAUUGUUAAUUGUUAUUCCUAUUUUUAUGAUUAUUAUCAUUAUCGUUAGUACUUUAUUUACGAUUUCCUUUUGUGCCGGAGUCAGAUUGCAAUAUCCUUUUCUGAAGCCUUCAUAAUGUAAAGAAGCGCUUUAGCCAAUGAAAAAGAUGCUUUUUCUGCGCCGUCUUUCCCCUGUUCUGUGACACUUCGGUAUAUUAUCUACUCUAGAAAGCGAUGGCGCUGAGAGCACGAGACGAUGCUGGUCGUUUCUUUAAAUGUUUCUCCUCUUUUCGUAAAACCUUCAGUGAUUUUUGGAAGGGGUUCAAAAUGACCCAAUUUAGUAAUACAUAAAGCCGAUUGUAUCUAUCUCAGUGAAUGGAUUUCAUGAUUCCAUUACAUUUUCAAAGCAAAGGCUAUAUCCGAAUUUGUUUGAUAAUGAUGAUGAUGAUGUCAUGUUGAGUUUCAAUAAGUUCCCCCUCCCUUUCCUCCUUUUAGUUAGAGAUCAGUAAUUGAUACAGACCAUUAGGUACUUUCCUUGCAGGUUUGUUAAUUAGUUGCUGAUAUUUAUUAUUACUAAGUUCGGUUGGUGGCGUUUAAUUUCAAUGGGAAAAUUAGUUGUGGUCGUCUGUGGCUGCCGUUGCCAAGUAAUUGUAGGUUCUGGUGGUCUGGUCUAUCCAGGUAAUCAUUUUUGGGUUCUUGGGUUGUUAUCGGUCCUGUUCAGUGCUUGACUAACUGGAAUUUCUGUAACAAAGCGAAUUAUUGAAAGGACGAUGUUAUAAAGGAGGAAGCUAUCUCGCAACUGGGUCUUUUCAGGAUGCGUGUAAAAUAAUCUUUUAGCAUCUUAUGCUUAAAUUUCAUUUACAUAAAUUUUCAGGCGACUUAAUAGUCAAGAUCUUCAAACCAAGAUCUUUAUUGAAACUGAAGCUUCCCGUAUUCAAGGUGGAGUAUAAUAAUUACACAAUUGUAGGAAGAGUUAAAUAGGCUUGCGUUUGGUACUUGCUGCCAACGCUACAAAAUGUCCCUGUAAAUGCUAUUAAAGGCUAGAUUAGGGAAAUAGGGGUGCUAGCGCUCCACUGGAGCUGAACUACAAAUUAAUACAGAUUGACUGGGUCAAGUUGGCGCCCAAACCUUAAAGGUGGGAAUGGCUUAAUCUCAGCUUGAAGCUCUAAUUACAAUCUACAACCACUUAUCAGCCUCACAACUUACGCACGGAAAAUUUGCAGAACACAAGAGAGCGCACAUGGAUUUAUGUAAUCAACUUCUUUAUUUUGAUCAUCAUUAAAGGCAUAGAAUUACUUUUGGGGGCAUCUCAGGUUGGGAAUUUGCUUCUGUGGUGAAGAAUUUUAUCGUAUUUCUUUAGCAUGUAGUGGCAAUAGAGUUACUGGUUUCUAAAUAUUAAUUCUCCAAUCAGGAUGUUGGCAUUGCUUGUUUCAAUUUUUGUUUAGCUUUGUACUUAGUUUUGUAUUAGUGAAUGUUAAUAUCACAUGCCGUGACAGUGCAGAAACACAUGAUUCAAUGUUGUUUUGUAAAGGCUAGCUAUAAUCUGCCUUUGAAAAUUAUGCAAAGAUUGACUAUUCAAAAGCUAUGUAUCUGGGCUAUUGUUUACCUGUUUUUAUACGGCUUUCGUUGGUGCUUUGUGCUUUUUGUCUAUUAUUCUUCUAGUUUCUCUGGUUUUCUUAAUAGAGGAGAGCUUGUAUUACUCUCCUUUGCUUCUAUACAAUCUCAAAACCGACAAUUCCAUAUCACAUAUAUAUGUAUAUAUUUGUAGAUUGCCGGGACCACUUGAUUUUGAAUCUCUCAAGUCUUCAGAUGGACUGGAAUGCAAAGUCUUUCUCGCAGUGGGACUGGGAACACCUACUUUUUAACACAAAAGCAACUGAGAAUCCUAGGUUAAAGCCAGUAGAUUGGAGUGGCAAAGCAGAUCGAGAAAUCAAUGUUGGGCUGUUCAAUCCGUCAUGUGGUCUUGAUAGUUCUGGGUCUGAGGUACAGCAUGUUUCUUCAUCAAGGGGCUCAAAAUCAGCUUCCAUGAAUUCAUCAAAUGGGUAUAGCAAAACAUCAGUGCUCACCUUUGACGGCUCCCAAGAAGAUUCUAAUGGUAAGAAAGAGAGAUCCAAAGAAGAGCUUGUUGGAAAUUCUCCAACACUUGAACAUUCUUCUGUCUCUGGUGAACCACUGCACAGUCUAAAGCUUGGCAAACGGCUAUACUUUGAAGAUGUCUGUGUUGGAAGUGAAUCAAAGAACACAUCUCACUCUGGGAUUCCUGUGCCAUCUUUGAGUACUGGGAAAAAAGGCAAGUCAAAUAGUCAGAGCUCACAACCUCCACUCUGCCAGGUUGAAAGCUGUAACCUUGACCUGACAUCAGCUAAAGAUUACCAUCGCAAGCAUAGAGUUUGUGAAAGUCAUUCCAAAUCCCCAAAUGUGAUUGUAGGUGGUAAGGAGCGUCGAUUUUGCCAGCAAUGUAGCAGGUUCCAUGGUCUCUCAGAGUUUGAUGGAAAAAAAAGAAGUUGCCGUCGCCGUCUUUCUGAUCAUAACGCUAGGCGUCGAAAGCCUCAUCCUGAAGCUGUCCAAUUGAAUGCACCAUUUUUGUCCUCAUCUCCAUACGAUGGGAGGCAACAGAUGAGCCCCUUUCCUAAUUCCAGGGGCACUAUCAACUUCGCUUGGCAGGAUACAUGCAGCAACAGCAGCCGGAUCUCCCAAACGAAAGAAUUUCUCAUGAAACCCGCAAAAGUAGGAGGUGCCAUUGGGCAGGUGCAUCAGCCCUUCAACGAGAUCCCAAGUACCUUUUCUAAGCUUUCUGAAGGUUCUGGUGGCCUUUGCAUACCCAAAGGCAUAGCAACGAAGACAAUCAAUCCAGGGAUAGAAGAUUUCAUUACUUCAUCAGAUCUGAAUGCUCCACAAGACUUUCACCGUGCUCUCUCUCUUCUGUCAACCACCAACUCUUGGGGUCCAUAUGAGGCAAAGUUUGCUUCUCAAGAGCACUCCAAUCGCACGACUCAUACUGGUACGACUCAGCCUGUAACACAUCCAAUGAUUCAGUGCUUGCCUUAUGCUUCAUCAGACUACUGGCAGACUUGUCCACAACCUGUUGCCGACUCCCGUAUGGGUGUCUCAUACUCGGACUGUAAAGAUGACAGUCAGUUUGAAGAUUUUCAGCUGCUCAGAGCACCCUAUGAGUCUGGCUUUUGCAAUCAGCUGGAUUAACAAGACUCCUAACAUCUAAUAGUUGAAACCUGUAAUUGAAGUCAUAUGAGAGGUCAGUCCCGCCUCAUAAUGUUUCUGAUGACUUUUGUGCUUGAUUUCCCAUAUGCAACAUUUAAGUGUGUCUCUUUUUGUGCCUUCUUGACAUUGGGAAUCGGAUCUAAACCAGUCUGCAUGUUAUGUUUGGUACAUUUUAUUAGAGCUUGCUUUUGGUUAACUCGACAAGUAGUAGCAA